GCUACCGCCGGACCCCCUUUCAGGCGGCAGAACUGGAACCUGCAGAUACCUUGGUUCAGUACAUGGGCUGCAUCGAAGUCCUCCGCUCCAUGCGCUCUCUGGAUUUUAACACGCGUACCCAGGUGACCAGGGAAGCCAUCAACCGGCUCCAUGAGGCAGUGCCUGGCGUCCGGGGCUCCUGGAAGAAGAAGGCCCCCAACAAGGCGCUAGCCUCCAUCCUGGGCAAGAGCAACCUGCGCUUCGCCGGCAUGAGCAUCGCUGUGAGCAUCUCCACCGACGGCCUCAACCUGUCUGUGCCUGCCACGCGCCAGGUCAUUGCCAACCACCACAUGCAGUCUAUCUCCUUUGCAUCGGGUGGUGACACGGACAUGACCGAUUAUGUGGCCUAUGUAGCCAAGGAUCCCAUCAACCAGAGAGCCUGCCACAUCCUGGAGUGCUGUGAGGGCCUCGCCCAGAGCAUCAUCAGCACUGUGGGCCAAGCCUUUGAGCUGCGCUUCAAACAGCACCUGCACAGCCCCCCCAGGGUGGUCCUGCCCCCAGAAAGGCUGACCAGGCCCGAGGAGUCGGCCUGGGGGGACGAGGAGGAAACGGAACACAAUUACUACAACAGCAUCCCUGGGAAGGAGCCGCCCCUGGGCGGGCUGGUGGACUCCAGGCUCACCCUAACUCAGCCCUGUGCUGUCAGCACCCUCGGCCAGGGGGUAUCGCCGGCUCGAAGGGACACCCGCAGUCUGCCAUGGGACCUGGGCCCCUCAGGUAACGGCCCACCGGGGGAUGGCUACGUGCAGGCGGAUGCACGGGGCCCCAGAGACUACGAGGACCACCUGUACGUCAACACGCAGGGUCUGGACGCCCCGGAGGACAGCCCCAAGAAGGACCUGUUCGACAUGCGACCCUUCGAGGAUGCUCUGAAGCUGCAUGAGUGCUCUGCGGGGGCGGGGGUGGGGGCGGCGGUAGCGCCCCUUCCUCUGGAGGACCAGUGGCCCAGCCCCCCCACCCGCCGGGCCCCUAUCGCCCCCACGGAGGAGCAGCUGAGGCAGGAGCCCUGGUACCACGGCCAGAUGAGCCGAAGGGCAGCAGAGAAGCUGCUUCGAGCCGACGGGGACUUCCUGGUGCGCGACAGCGUCACUAAUCCAGGGCAGUACGUCCUCACGGGCAUGCACGCGGGGCAGCCCAAGCACCUGCUGCUUGUGGACCCUGAGGGCGUGGUGCGGACGAGGGAUGUGCUCUUCGAAAGCAUCAGCCAUCUGAUCGACUACCACCUGCAGAACGGGCAGCCCAUCGUGGCGGCCGAGAGCGAGCUGCAUCUGCGCGGUGUGGUCAGGCGCGAGCCCUGAGCCAGGUGAUGGUUCUCAGCUCCCAGCUCCUGUCCUGCUCCGCACAUGCCCCCUGCUGUGGCCUUACAGGCUCCUCAGCCUCUCUCUCCGGACCCUGGUCAGGCUGGAACCGCCGCUGUCUCUCCUUCCUCUGCAUAGGCCUCACUCCAGCCUCCCUGGGCUGAGUCAACAAGGCCAAGACAUGAGGGCCCAAGAUCCCUUUUUCCUGCCGACGCCCUGCCUGCCUUCACCCUCUGCGGAGUGAGGGCGUCCGUACCAAAGACAGAACCUUUUCUCACCUCUAAAGAAAAUACAUUAAAGACAAGCAGUCCUCUGUCUCCGAGCCCUGGCAGGGCCUCCGAUGGGUUUAGGAGGCACCAUCUCUUUUCCUAGAUGGACUUCGGCUUCUGUCCCUGAAAAGAGGGAUUCCUGUCCUUGACUGGCUCAGGUUUUCCACCUGAAAAAUCAGUGCAAAGUUGUCUUUUAUGGGGAAGAAUUGAGGUGCUUUGGGUCCUCAGGCCGGGGCACCUGCUUAUGUUUAAGGCGGGGGGCAGCCUUGAUGCUCAGCUGUGAUGGGGACAUCCAGGAAAGGCCAGCACAGCCGGCCCUGGACAUUUGGGAUCUGCUGGUAAUUCCACGUGGGAACGACCAAGAGGAAGUGAGCCCACCUGUACACCAGAGGCCCUCUGGCUGGGAGGCCGAGGCCAGUCUCCCAGGGCAAAGCCGAGGCCCACGGGGGUGGCCUCAUGGGGCUGGAGGAUGUGGGGGAUGAGGAGGAGGGCCUUGGGCCUGGAGGGCUGUGGUCUGCCGUCCCAGGACCCCCGCAUCUCCCUCACACCUGUUUUUACCCCAAGAUAAAGCAUCCCCAGCCGCUCUAUUAGACACAUUCCCCAUCUUCUCCUUGGAAACACCUUACUUUACCUCCUGAACGCAGCAGACCUCUCUCAGAUGCCCUCAUAUGUCUGGCAGAAAGUUCUCGUUUUCCCCUCCAAAUUGCUCCUGACUUACUCCUGAAUGUGGCCUGACUUCUCAGGAGCGAACACUUCCCUCAGACCACCAUUGUCACCCUCAGAGCCCCUGCUCAUUCCUAGCACGCAGCUCUUGCUCUCCAGAACUUCCCUCACAUGAUUUCACACCUCUCCUCCCGUGAGACCUCCAUCUCUCCCCAGAACCCUCCUCUGACCCUCCCCGAGAGGCCUCCCUAGCCGCCACCACACCCUGCCAGCGCUGCGAGUCUGCCCAGGGGCUGGGUCUCUGGGAGGUCUGCAGCGAUUUCUCUGCAGUCAGCAGGCCGCACCCCAUGCCCUGGGGGAGCAACAGACACUCAGCUCUGUCUGUAAUGGCGGGGGGGGGGGGGGGCGCGUGGGGGCAUCAAAACUCAGAGCCAGAGGAGACUCUGAUGUCUCUUACUUUAGAGACAUGGAGACUGACAGCCCACGCAUCCCACAGCCGUCCAGCCAUCCAGCCAUCAUUCAUCCCAUUCACUGGUUCACCCACCCCUCCCGCCAUCCUGAUACCCUUCAGUGUGCCUGCGUUGGGCUCCUCUUACCUGCCAGGACCUCUGGUGCAUUAACAAGGAUGCAGCAGUGACUGAGACUCAUCUGUCCUUGUGGAGUAAACAGUCAAGUGACACUAAUCAGCAAAUCACUGCUAAGUGGGUAAUGACAACUGUGAAAAGGAGAGAGUCCUGAACUUCAAGAUCCCCGGUGAUCCAGGAGGGUUUCUCUGUGGGAAUGACACAGGGGCUAUGAUCUGGAAGAUGAGAGCCCCCGGUGAGGAGAACAGAGUUCUGGGCAGAAGAAAUAGCGUGUGCAAAGGUCCUGUGGUGUGUGUGGCUCACAGCACCUUUAGGGAACAGAAGGAUGAUCUGUAUGACUGGAGGUGGAGUGGGGGACACAGCUGGGUAACCCUUGGUGCCAGGGACCUUUCUUUUAAGGAUAAAAGUGAUAAGAUUCCUAAGUGAGAAAUAAACUGUUGGGGACAGGAUAGGAAUGGGGGACAGUUGGGAGAAUUCACUGGAUCUGGACUAGGGGAAUCUCAAAAAGUAUCAGAUUCUAGACAUUAAUAGGUUGGAGAGACAUUAA